UCUAAAACACACUCCUUUUCUCUCUCUAAACGCCCGCAAAUUGUCGUUAUCCUCUUCUUCUUAUGGUGAAUUGAUUUAUUGUAGAGUACUUAGCUGGUAUGGGUCCAUCCAAAAAAUCUAGAAGUGUGAACAGGCGGCAUACGCAAGAAGAUUCUCCCAGCAAAGAUGAUGAUAGUACCAAAAGAAACAGUAGCCGGAAAAGAAAGUUGUAUGACAUGCUUGGGCCUCGGUGGACCACUGAAGAGCUAUCCCGUUUUUAUAUUGCUUACUGCAAGUAUAAUAAAGAUUGGAAAAAGACUGCAAGUGCUGUGAGCAAUCGCUCUCCAGAGAUGGUGGAGGCUCUUUACACAAUGAACAGGGCAUACUUAUCUCUUCCGCAUGGAACUGCUUCUUCGGAUGGGUUUAUUGCUAUGAUGACUGAUCAUUACUGCAAUUUGGCAGGAAGUGACAGUGACCUGGAAAGCAAUGAUGGGACAUCAUCUAGAAAGACUCAGAAGCGUGCCCAUGGCAAAGUCCAGCCUACUGCAUCUAAAUUAUCAAAUGAUCAAUUUGUUUCACAUUCCCUAGUCACUGUACCAGAUUAUGGUUUCCAAUCAUUGUUGAAGAAGAAACGAACUGGAGGAAGCUGGCCGUGUCCUGUCGGGAAAAGGACACCAAGGUUCCCCAUUUCAUUUCCAAAUGAGAAGUUUAAUGCGGAAAGUAGUGUUUCAACCAGAAGGCCUGGCUUGAAGCUAAAGGCCGAUGCCAAUGAGGACGAAGUAGCUCAGGAGAUAGCUAUUGCUUUGGCAGAGGCAUCACAAAAAGUUGGCUCUUCCAAGGUUUCACGGACACCAAGUAAAAUAGCUGAAAGUGUUUUGUCAUCACCUUUUAGAUGUGUCCAGAGAAAGCAUUCUCUAGUAGAAAUGACCCGCAACCAGGAUGCUGGCUUGGAUAAAGAAGAAUUAGAAGGUAGCACAGAGGCUGACACUGGUUCUGUGAAAGAGAAGACAAGGAAACUCAAAGGCAAGAAUUAUGAAAUCGGUAAUAAUAGUGAGCAUCUCUUGGAUGACAUCGAGAAAGAAUGUAGUGGAACAGAAGAAGGUCAGGAGUUUGGAGCACUGAGAAACAACUUUCAUGAAGAGGUUACCGAUACCAAGAUUUUGAGGUCCUCUGUGCAGAGUCAGAGAAAGAAGAGCAAAAAGGUUCUCUUUGGAAAAGAUGAUGCUCCAGCAUUCGAUGCCCUACAAACACUGGCUGAUUUGUCACUGAUGAUGCCAACAGGAGAUGAAGAUGAUAUUCAAGUUUCUCAUUCAUUGGAUUCAAGGCUGCAAUUUAAAGAUGAAGGUCAUGAUCCACUUGACGUGUUGCUGUCGACAGGAUCUCUGCCAGUGAACCAGAAAAAAGAAAUGUGUAGAUACUCAGGGGUAAGAAUGAAAGGGCAUAAGCCACUCUCAAGUUCCAAAGUUGCACCCAAUAGAGCAUCAAAACCUGGAAAAGCUUCUGUAACUAGUUCUGUCCUUGAAGAAGAUCGGGAUCUUCAACUAUCUAACACCAAAACACCAAGAAGGAAACAUAAGAUGCAAGCAUCUAAGGAUGGAGAUCCUGGUGGGAAGAAACUAAUGAAUAAAAAUAAGAAAUCUUCUCAAAGUGUCUCACCACAUUUACUAAGAAAUUCAGAGAAUUCUUCCAGUGCUGAUACACAAAAAGAAGCAAGUGAGCCAGCACAAUUUGCACAGCUUCCUUUCGUUAAUCAGGUCAACUUACUAACUAAAGUCAGGAGCAGACGUAAUAUGGACCUCAAGAAACCACAAAAAUGUCUUGAUAACAUCUCAAAUGCGCAAAGUGAGCUGCCUAUUGCUUCAAUCGAUGGCAGAGCACAUAAUUCAAAGAAAAAUAUGUCCAUUUGCUUGUCAAAUCCUCAUCUGAGAAGAUGGUGCAUUUAUGAAUGGUUCUACAGUGCCAUUGAUUAUCCUUGGUUUGCAAAGAGAGAGUUUGUUGAAUAUUUGUAUCAUGUUGGAUUGGGCCACGUUCCAAGAUUAACUCAUGUAGAGUGGGGUGUCAUUAGAAGUUCUCUUGGUAAACCACGGCGAUUUUCAGAGAUGUUCCUAAAGGAAGAGAAGGAGAAGCUUAAUCAGUACCGGGAUUCCGUUCGAACACAUUACACUGAGCUUCGUGAAGGUGUUCGAGAAGGACUGCCAACUGACCUUGCGAUGCCUUUAUCGGUUGGACAACGUAUCACUGCCAUCCAUCCAAAAACCAGGGAGCUCCAUGAUGGAAGUGUGCUGACUGUGGAUCAUUCUAGGUGCCGGGUCCAAUUUGACCGUCAUGAGCUAGGAGUUGAAUUUGUCAUGGACAUCGACUGCAUGCCUUUGAACCCUCUCGAGAAUCUGCCUACAGCAUUGGUUGGGAAACAGCCAAUUUCUGUUGAUAAGUUUUUUGAAAAUUUCAACGAGCUAAAGGUUUGCGGACGAAUACAAGAGUACAUAAAACUUUUCCCUGGUGACAAGGUCUCAUGCCCAAAUACUAAUCUGCAAAUGAGGAUUGGAUCUGCUGAAACUCUCAAUCACCAACAAGCAGCAUAUUCGCAAAUCCAGGCGAAGGAAGCUGAUGUUCAAGCUCUCGCUGAUGUGACUCGUGCACUUGAGAAAAAGGAAGCUGUUGUUCUAGAGUUGAGGCGCAUGAACGAUGAUGUAUCCAGAGAUCAGAUUGACAGUCAUAGCUCUUUGCGGGACUCUGAGCAGUUUAAAAAACAAUAUGCUGCAGUACUUGUACAGUUGAAUGAAGCCAAUGAGCAGGUUUCUUCUGCUAUAUAUUGCUUGAGACAGAGGAAUACAUAUCAAAGAAGCAUGCCACUUUUGUGGCUCGGGCAAGGCACCAAUUCUGCUGAUCCUGGCAGCAAAUUUUCUCUUGACCGUUCUGCAUGUCAUACUAACGAAUUGGGACCCCACGUGAAUGAGAUCAUCGAUAGUUCGAGAACAAAAGCAUGUGUAAUGGUGGAUGCAGCUAUGCAGGCGAUGGCAUCUCUUAAGUACAAGGAGGGCACCACUGAGAAGAUUGAGGAAGCUAUUGAUUAUGUUAACGGUCGACUUCCCUCUGAUGAUUCCAGCGUGCCUAUGGAAUCUAAUUCUAAAGCACCCGACACAGAAUAUCAAAUUCCUGUCGAUCUGAUCUCCAAAUGCGUCGCAACUUUGCUUAUGAUUCAGAAGUGUACGCAACGGCAGUUCCCUCCAUCAGAUGUCGCACAGAUUCUGGAUUCUGCUGUAACAAGCUUGCAGCCAGGCAGCUCGCAGAAUCUUCCUGUUUACACUGAAAUACAGAAGUGCAUGGGCAUCAUCAGGAACCAAAUAAUGGCAUUGAUACCGACAUAACACAGCGACCGCGAUCGGACUCUGUUGAUAGUGUAAUAAUUCGUUUUCUUGAUCAUCUUAGCUUUCAUUUUUUGUCAACAUUGAAUGAAGAAAAUGGAGUAAUAGCCAUUUGAUUGACUAGUUUUUUUGCUCAAGGUGCUGGCCGUUGGAUUGA